AUUGAGGUGUUGAUGUCUGUAGCUCAGCUUUAAUAUCAAUACAGGCUACAGAUCUGAGAUCUGUAUUUGUUUUAACGUGGAGGGGUGGUUAAGAGAAAUAUUUACAUGCAACCAAACAACAACUAAUUGUUUCUCGUGGAAUUCCAUCACAUGUCUUCUUAAGACACUCCGCCCUGCUUCUUGUUAACUAUGUCAUGUAGGGACUUUUCCCCAUCAAUGCUAUUGUUUCUAUUAAAAGGUGUUGAUAACAUAACUGGGUGCAAAUGAAAACAUAGCUGAUUUCAUUUGAUCUAGAAAUAAGCUUGACGGCAACCUAAUGACAAAAUAUAAUCUUUCAACACAAAAAUAGAAAUCCACUAAAUGCCUGCAAAAGCAGAAUUCAUCCUUUGUGACUCUGUCAGAUGAAGGUGGACAAAGGUCCAAGAAAUGUUUCUUCAUUAUACAUAAAAAAGAUAAAACAAAUACUAAUUUAGACUUUAGAUGUCAGAAAAUGAUAAAAGAGCUCAGUGUUUUUAUGUCUAUCAGAUAUUGCACAUCUACUCAGACGCGUUAUUGUGCCUUGAUCUGCACCGACUUGAUUCUUACUCAAUAUUUACUGCACAUCCCCAACAUUCCUCGUCUCUGCAGUACUGCAUUGUACUCACUUCGAGUCCUUGAAAAGUACGAGCUGAUCUUGGAAGCUCGCUGUGCCGAGUUCACCCGGAACAAGGCUACAGCACAGAGAAGAUAAAUCAAUGCACACACUGCCUUUACACACAAGCAAACAUCAAAAUCUGUAAAAAAUAAUGUUUUCAUUAUUGUUUGAUAUGAAUCUUUGUCUUUUCUUACAUUGUUGCUUUUGUACUUAUCCAAUGCAUUUAAGAUAUUGUAUCAAUUCUCUCCUUUUAUGCUCAUGCAACUCCCCCACGAGUAACACACACACACACACACACACACACACACACACACACACACACACACAUUUGAAUCAAAUGUAUAAAUUAGAGUUGAAACAAUAGCCAGUGUUUGCAUGCAUCGACCUUUUGUUACAGUAUGUUUCCUGCAGUGUGUGCGUGGGUGUGUACAGGUGCGUUUGCAUGCAUUUUGCGUGCAUUCACAUCUGAUGUCUGCGUGUUAAUGUGUGCAGGCAUUCGUCAUACUUUUCUUCUUUCAUUUUCUUUUCAAAGGGUGUGAGCCUCUUGUGUAUUAAUGUGAGAGAGGCACAGCAUGUACAUGUAAUAUUAGGGGGACGGUUUAGCUUUUGUGUGCCUCUCUCUGUACAGUAUGCAUGUGUGAGUCUGCGAGUGUGUGUGUGUGCAUGUUUGUUUCCAGCUCCCACCAGGUUGGGCUGCGUUGUACUGAGGGCUUCUUCCUGCUGCAUCCAUCUGCCUGAAACUAAAAAAAAGAAGAAGCGCCGAGCUGUCACUGCACACAGCAGCCGGAUUGUAACGGGGACAGUGAAGCUGGUGGAAACGUCCAUCCCUCUCAGGGCAUCAAAGGCAGCUCCUCACACACUUGAAGCCUCCAUCGGACUCAUGACUGUUUGAAGGAGACGCGGACCCACCGUGGCCCAUGCACUGUACCCGUUUCCCUCCCUGUCCUCCUUAUCCCUCAAGCUGACGCAAAACCCCAGACACCUACUCCCCCACCCCCACCCCCACCCCCACUCCCACCCGGUACCCAGCGACUCGCCGCCUCCCGCCAUGGUGUCCGGCACCGAGACCGUGCACUACAUCCACCUCCACAACUCCAGCCAGUCGGUGCUGGAAGCCCUGCGCACGCAGCGGCGCGAGGGCCUCUUCUGCGACGUGACCGUGCGGAUACACGAUGCGUCGCUACGUGCCCACGCCUGCGUCCUGGCAGCCGGCAGCCCCUUCUUCCAGGACAAGCUGCUGCUGGGUCACUCUGAAAUCUCCGUGCCGCCGCUGGUGCCUGCCGAAACCGUGAAGCAGCUGGUGGAUUUCAUGUACAGCGGCUCGCUGGUGGUUCUACAGUCGCAGGCCCUCUGCAUCCUCACCGCUGCCAGCAUCCUGCAGAUCAAGACGGUCAUCGACGAGUGCACCCAAAUCAUCUCUCAGAGGAAGGCGGCGGCAACGGCGGCGGCCGCGGCAGCGGCCGCAGCAGCAGCGGCGGCGGCGGCAGCGGCAGGGGGAGGGAUGCUCGGAGGAGUUCUCCCAAAACAAGAAGAGCGCGGCGGGGGGAAAGGAAGAGAGAGCGGCGGCGGUGGGAGCUGUUCUGUUGGUGGGGGUGGAGGUUACGCAAACUUCCCCAACUUCAUGGCUGAAUGCGGGUCUAGCAACAUGGGAGGGGGGUUGGGGGGUGCCAGCGUCAGCGAGAGCGGCCCAGGCCCGAUGGAGCAGGCCAACACCGUGAGUCUGAUGGCGCUGGGCGACAUGGUCCCCGGCUCCAUGUGCGGCGGCGGCGGCGACGGACUGGGCUCCGGGGCCGGCGCAAUCCUCAUGAAGCAGAGCUCCAGCUGCACUCAGGACGUCAGGUACAAGCUCCGAGACCUGCUGGCGCAGACGGCCAACGGAGCCGGCACCAGCAGCACGGGGAACCUCUCGGCGGGCUGCAGCUCUGGCGUGGGCAGCGUGGACAGCAUCGGCAGGGACAGCCUCCGCGGCGGCAACACCUCCGACCUCGCCGACGACCUGGUGGGGAUGGACCGGUACAGCGAGGAGGAGGACCUGGAUGGGAGGGAGCGGGGGAGAGACGGAGAGAGAGACAGGGGGGCGAGCCACAGCCGCAAGCAGAGGCAGCCGCUAAGACUCCAGGUGCUGGGAGGAGAAGGAGUGGUGGUGAAAGAUGAAGGGGUUCAGGACCCAGAUGGGUCCGUCUACACCUUGGAGGACCAGAGACGGGUCGGACAGGAGGGCUCCCAGGAAUCCAUGGCCGGCUUCGGGCAGGACUUCUACGAUGAGCAGGGUGUGUUUUCGGAGAGUUUCUGGCCCCAGAGCGAGCCUCCUCAGGCCAUGGCUUUCAACCCCAGAGGAAGGGUCAACAAGCCUCUGACUCCGCCUCCGGCCACGCAGUCCAUCAACAACCAGCUUCUCUUCCAGUACCCAGUGAGCCAAUCGCAGCCAGCUCCUUUCUAUGUGGGCGGGCCCAUGGGUGGGAUUGACAGCAUGGCGGGGACCGAGCCCCCUCAGCAGGCUCCGCCUCCGGCGCCGAUGACCCCGGCCCCGCCUCCCUCCGCCUCCUCCACAGGCCCCUCCCCUUCCUCCCAGGGAUCCGAGACCUCGUUCGACUGCACGCACUGUGGCAAAUCUUUACGUUCCAGGAAGAACUACAGCAAGCACAUGUUCAUCCACUCCGGUCAGAAACCUCAUCAGUGCUCCAUCUGCUGGCGCUCCUUCUCCCUGCGCGACUACCUCCUCAAACACAUGGUGGUGCACACUGGCGUCAGGGCCUUCCAGUGCUCCAUGUGCGGCAAGCGCUUCACCCAGAAAAGCUCGCUCAACGUGCACAUGCGCACCCACCGUGCCGAGCGCACCUUCCAGUGCAACGUGUGCCAACGGGCCUUCACCCACCGCACCUUGCUGGAGCGCCACGCCCUGCAGCACGCCCACCACGUCCCGCAGGGCCAAGGCCAGGGGCGUGGAUCCGACAUGACCUCACCUAACAAGCACAGUCCUCCGGCUCUGGGAGGGCCCUCAGGUAUGGCUGGCGCGGCCGGCAUGGUCGGCAGCAUGGCCAACAUGCCCAGCCACGGAGCUUCCUCCACCUAGAGAGGGGGGGGGGAGGGGCGGGCGUACAGGGGGAGGUUAGUGGGCCCAUUCCUUGAACCAACACUAAUUUGGUCCUAACAGCCUUGUUGAUCUUUUGUUCUGGUGGGUCCCCAUUGUUUUGGCUUAACGACACCUUCAAUCAGGGUUCCUACAGUUUGACAAUUAUGUAAAUUUGAAAGAAGUUUUGAAAUUGCACAGAAAUCUUAGAAACAUUUGUUUAAAAAAAGUUGUUCCCUCCGAAGAAGCCCAUCUUAAGUAGGCGUGGUCACUUCCUGCGUUGUGACGUUUGUUGCCCUAACGAACAAAUGCACAACUUCUUGAACAGCCAUCUAAAAUCCAGCCCAAAAGAUGUUUUUGUUUAUUGUUCUUUGGGUGACUUUUUUAAUGGAGAAUGUGUAGGAACCCUGUUUCACAGACACCAGAGAGUCACCAAAGAGGUCAGGAACACUGAGCCGGUUUGGGAGUGGGCAGGGGGG